UUUGUGAUUCCCAGAUCUUUCUGUUAAGCGGAAGAUUGAGAAACGCCGGGAGAAAGUACUCCGACAGUGUGCUUCAGAGAAACACUUUUGUUCAAUCCAUGCCAUCUUCAAAGCAGAAGAAAUCCAAGAAAAAUAAGAAAGAAGUGGUUGUGGUAGCAAAAAAUGAUGUAGAUGAUUCUGCCCCAGAUUCUGGCUUUUAUAACAUCUGGGAAAAUAAAGCUUUUUAUCUUCCCCAACUUCUCGUAAUGUUUAUACUUUAUAGUUUUUGUAUUCUUACUAUAUUGCUAGUUUCAAGAUUUUGUUUAUAGUAAGUGUUGUCUAUCUAUCUCUUUUCAGCUGAAUUUGAUGUCAAAGCUGGAAAGGUAAAUACCACAUAACAUAUGCUACAGAUUCUUUGACAUAACGUUUUAGUUUGUUAUUGCUAGAGGAAUGAAUAAGUGACUAACAGGUAACAAAAACUUUGGUUAUUCUGGCAGUAGAAGUUGAACCUUCGGGAUGCUCAUUCAAUCCCUCCUUUGAAAGCCAUCAGGAUUCCUUGGCCCAAGCUGUUGCUGAAGAAAUGAAACAAUACCAGAAUGAGUUGGGACCUCAGCCUGUUCAACUAAUUGUUGUUGGAGAAGUAAUUGAUGAAGAAGAUGUGGGUUUCCAUUCUUACAAUCAUCUGUGCAAUUUUACUCACCUUAUUGACUGCAGUACUUUAAAAUUAAACAUCUGUAAUUGAACUUUGACAAAACCUGCUAUUUUGUCGGAAGUACUUCAUUGAAGCAGAUGAUGGAAGUGAAGAUGAAACAAAUGAGGAGAAUUUAA